AUUCAAUUCAGAAAAAGUUGGUUCAAAACGUGUACUACGACUGGGAUUAAAUUAAGUCCCAAUCAAUGAAGAAGCAUGCUAAAUUCCCCUAAACCAUGCUAUAGCCGAACGACAGAUGGGCCGCAUCACCCGGCCCAACCUUCUCAAAUCCAUAGCCGAGAUGACAGAGUAGAUCUUAAGACUAUCGAGCCCACACUCGCCGUUGCUCCAUACUCUAUCCUCGCCCGAGUCGCCGCCUGUCUCCGGCGGGCGGUGACCUCCCUCUUCUCAGCUUUGUUUUCGGUCGAGACGGGAAUUCAUAUCGCUGGUUUUGGCUGAUUUCAACGGAUUUGCGAGUACUUGUUCUGCACUGGUAUGUGUUGUAUUCCCCUUCCAUCAAUACAAUGAAGAUUUGCCGUAUAUUUAUUUUGGCUCAUAAGAAAGUGAAUUCUCAUUGUGGUUGACAGCUUUGCAAGCCCCCAAAUUCCCUGCAGGAAUUAUUUUUGAUUCGCUAUUGCAACAGCUUUGCCGGAGAAAAUAUUAUUUUUUAAGUUCAGAGAUAAGAACAAUGAUUUCAAGUGUGAAGCAGGCUAAAACAUACUCCGCACUCACAACUUGAACAAAUUGUCAUUCAUGACCAGGAGGUAAUUCUUCACUACUUAAAUUGGAAUUCUGAUUUCUUAGAAAAGUCGUGUUAACUUAUUGUUGUUUACAGAAAUUCACAUGAUCCUUUUGGAGUUUGUAGAAAGGCAGGUGAAAUGUUGUAAUGGGCUGGACAAAAGCACACCUAUCAAACUAUUCAGCUAAUGUUAGAGUAAUUCGUGUUUAGCAAGUUCGACCACAUACAAAAGGAGACAAUACAUUGUAAGUCAUAUACCAUGAUGAAAAUAAUGCAUAUUUUAAAGAUUGCUCAUGUGAAAAUAAUGUAUGGCUAAACUCGAAUGAAGUUAUAAAAUUCGA